GUGCCCGGACACGCCGCUGCCCGGGCCGCUGAGCCUGAGGGUCGCCUUCGCAGCUAUGGACGCCACCGGGCGCUGACAGACCUAUGGAGAGUCGGGGUGUGCCUCCGGGGCCUUAUCGGGCCACGAAGCUGUGGAAUGAAGUUACCACAUCUUUUCGAGCUGGAAUGCCCCUAAGAAAACACAGACAACACUUUAAAAAAUACGGCAAUUGUUUCACAGCAGGAGAAGCAGUGGACUGGCUUUAUGACCUAUUAAGAAAUAAUAGCAAUUUUGGGCCUGAAGUUACGAGGCAACAGACUAUCCAACUGUUGAGGAAAUUUCUUAAGAAUCAUGUAAUUGAAGAUAUCAAAGGCAAGUGGGGAUCAGAAAAUGUUGAUGAUAACAACCAGCUCUUCAGAUUUCCUGCAACUUCACCACUUAAAACUCUACCACGAAGGCAUCCAGAAUUGAGAAAAAAUAACAUAGAAAACUUUUCCAAAGAUAAAGAUAGUAUUUUUAAAUUACGAAACUUAUCUCGUAGAACUCCUAAAAAGCAUGGAUUACAUUUAUCUCAGGAAAAUGCUGAGAAAACAAAGCAUGAAAUGAUCAAGGAAGAUCAAGAAAAUGCAGUUGAUAAUAGAGAACUAAGCCAGGAAGAUGUUGAAGAAGUUUGGAGAUACGUUACUCUGAUUUACCUGCAAACAAUUUUAGGUGUGCCAUCCCUAGAAGAAGUCAUAAAUCCAAAACAAGUAAUUCCCCAAUAUAUAAUGUACAAUAUGGCCAAUACAAGUAAACAUGGAGUAGUUAUACUACAAAACAAAUCAGAUGACCUCCCUCACUGGGUAUUAUCUGCCAUGAAGUGCCUAGCAAAUUGGCCAAGAAGUAAUGAUAUGAAUAAUCCAACUUAUAUUGGAUUUGAACGAGAUGUAUUCAGAACAAUCGCAGAUUAUUUUCUAGAUCUUCCUGAACCUCUACUUACUUUUGAAUAUUACGAAUUAUUUGUGAACAUUUUGGUUGUUUGUGGCUACGUCACAGUUUCAGAUAGACCCAGUGGGAUACAUAAAAUCCAAGAUGAUCCACAGUCUUCAAAAUUCCUUCACUUAAACAAUUUGAAUUCCUUCAAGUCAACUGAGUGCCUUCUUCUCAGUCUGCUUCAUAGAGAAAAAAACAAAGAAGAAUCAGAUGCUACUGAGAGACUGCAGAUAAGCAAUCCAGGAUUUCAAGAAAGAUGUGCUAAGAAAACGCAGCUAGUUAAUUUAAGAAACAGAAGAGUGAGUGCUAAUGACAUAAUGGGAGGAAGUUGUUAUAAUUUAAUAGGGUUAAGUAGUAUGCAUGCUCUAUCCUGUAACAGCAAACCAAGGUGCUGUUCUUUGGAAGGAAUUGUAGAUGUGUCAGGGAAUUCAAGUAAAGAGGCAUCCAGUGUCUUUCAUCAAUCUUUUCUGAACAUAGAAGGACAAAAUAAUAAACAGUUUUUAGCAUCUAAACCCAAGCAGGAAUUCUUGUUGAAUCUUCAUUCAGAGGAAAAUAUUCAAAAACCAUUCAGUGUUGGUUUUAAGAGAACCUCUACUUUGACUGUUCAAGACCAAGAGGAGGUGUAUAAUGGGGAAUGCAAGUCAAAACAGCUUUGUAGGUCUCAGAGUUUGCUUUUAAGAAGUAGUACAAGAAGGAAUAGUUAUAUCAAUACACCAGUGGCUGAAAUUAUCAUGAAACCAAAUGUUGGACAAGGCAGCACAAGUAUGCAAACCGCUAUGGAAAGUGAACUCGGAGAGUCUAGUGCCACAAUCAAUAAAAGACUCUGCAAAAGUACAAUAGAACUUUCAGAAAAUUCUUUACUUCCAGCUUCUUCUAUGUUGACUGGCACACAAAGUUUGCUGCAACCUCAUUUAGAGAGGGUUGCCAUCGAUGCUCUACAGUUAUGUUGUUUGUUACUUCCCCCACCAAAUCGUAGAAAGCUUCAACUUUUAAUGCGUAUGAUUUCCCGAAUCAGUCAAAAUAUUGAUAUGCCCAAACUUCAUGAUGCAAUGGGCACAAGAUCACUGAUGAUACAUACCUUUUCUCGGUGUGUUCUAUGCUGUGCUGAAGAAGUGGAUCUUGAUGAGCUUCUUGCUGCAAGAUUAGUUUCUUUCUUAAUGGAUCAUCAUCAGGAAGUUCUUCAAGUACCCUCUUACUUACAGACUGCAGUGGAAAAACAUCUUGACUACUUAAAAAAGGGACAUAUUGACAAUCCUGGAGAUGGACUAUUUGCUCCUUUGCCAACUUAUUCAUACUGUAAGCAGAUUAGUGCUCAGGAGUUUGAUGAGCAAAAAGUUUCUACCUCUCAAGCUGCAAUUGCAGAACUUUUAGAAAAUAUUAUUAAAAACAAGAGUUUGCCUCUAAAGGAGAAAAGAAAAAAACUAAAACAGUUUCAGAAGGAAUAUCCCUUGAUAUAUCAGCAAAAAUUUCCAACCACAGAGAGUGAAGCAGCCCUUUUUGGGGACAAACCUACAAUCAAGCAACCAAUGCUGAUUUUAAGAAAACCAAAGUUUCGUAGUCUAAGAUACUAACUGAAUUAAAAAUUAUGUAAUAAAUGAAGCCAUAUCUGAAAAUGUAGCUACUCAAAAGGAAGUCUGUUAUUAAUAAGGUAUUUCUAAACAAACACAUUGUGUAAGGAAGUGCCAAAAUAGUUGUUUUUUAAUGUGAGACUACUAGGAAACUAACUAGAUCUCAACUGAAAGCACAUAACAAUAGGUGGUACCAAAUCCUUUUUGUUUUUAACACAGCUAUUCGAAAGGCGAUCAUGAUGUGUGCUAAAAUUUUAUUUGAAUUUUGAAAACUGAGCUGUGUUCAUCAAGAUUAACCUAUAAUUCUGUUUUUAAAAGAAAACAUCUUCAUAUGUGCAAGUUCUGAAAUACUAGCUAAUGAAUUAGUUGUUUGGGGUUACUUCUUUGUUUCUAAGUAUAAGAAUGUGAAGAAUAUUUGAAAACUCAGUGAAAUAAUCCUCAGCUACCAAAUGUUGCACUCUUUUGUAUGUUCUUUUUCCACUUUUGAUCUAUUUAUGUAUAUGUAUGUAUUCUUAAAAUAUGUGUAUAUUUUGUCAGAUUUGGUUUUGCCUUAAAUAGUAUCCCCAACUGCUUCAGUUAUUCAUUUGUUCAAUAUAUAUAUUUUGAAUUCUUAUUUUCAUAAUCUAUUAGAAGAUGGGGAUAUAAAAGAAGUAUAAGGCAAUCAUAUAUUCAUUCAAAAGAUAUUUAGUAACUUCUGUGUGCCUUUCAUUGUUCUAGAUAUGCAGAGACAAUGAUAAAUAAAACAUAAAAAUCUCUUCCCUAAGGUAUUUAUUUUCUAAUCAAGGGAGAUACACCCAUCAGAUGCUUAAAAUAACAAUACUACCCACUGAAAUCAGAGCAUAUAGAAUCAUUCAGCUAAAGACUGACUUCGAUGAUUAUGAAAUAGGUCUCUAAGCUAGUGGUUUUCAAACUGGUGCACAUUAGACUCACCUGAGGAGUUUUAAAACCACCUGUAUGCCCAGGGCCUACCUUAUAGCAAUUAAAUCUGAAUUUUAGGGGUGUUAUAUAGGGAUUAGUAUUUUUUUUAAUCUAGAUGAUUCCAAUGUUCAGCCAACUCUGAGAAUCAAUGUCUUAAAUGCUUGUUAUAAACAUUUAUAUAAGUGCCAAGAUAGUAGCACAUUGAUUUUAUUUUUUCAUUGGAAGAAAAUGUCUGUCUGACAAUUACAAAUGCCUCUCAUCUUAAAAACAAGGUUCUUCAGGUUUCUGCGUGAUUGACUUGGUGCAAACUUGAAGCAAAUUGCCUUCUAUUUUUUACUCCAAGAUUGUUUAAUACCUAUUCCUUAAGUGUAAAGAAAUAUAUAGUGCCUGGGUUGUAAUAAAAUCUUAAUGUUUAAUGACU